GGGACCAGGCGCCAUUUUCAGUGUUGUUGUGGUACGGUGAAGAGCUUGGAAAGAAAGUUUGAGAGAUGCCUGAGCCGGCGAAGUCUGCCCCAGCACCUAAGAAGGGCUCCAAGAAAGCCGUCACCAAGACCCAGAAGAAGGGCGACAAGAAAAGAAAGAGAGCACGGAAGGAGAGCUACUCGAUCUACGUGUACAAGGUGCUGAAGCAGGUGCACCCCGACACAGGCAUCUCAUCUAAAGCCAUGAGUAUCAUGAAUUCUUUCGUCAACGACAUCUUCGAGCGCAUCGCUGGUGAGGCGUCGCGCCUGGCGCACUACAACAAGCGUGCGACCAUCACCUCGCGGGAGAUCCAGACGGCCGUGCGGCUCCUGCUGCCCGGCGAGCUGGCCAAGCACGCCGUCUCCGAGGGCACCAAGGCGGUCACCAAGUACACCAGCUCCAAGUAAUUCGGUUUAAACUAAACCAAACGGCUCUUUUAAGAGCCACCCCAAAUUUUCUUAUAAAGAGCUGUAAUUACAAAUAAACUGAAAAA